GUCACAAUUCUAAAUCAACAAACAAAAAGAAAAAAGAAAAAUCACUCAUUUUUCUCAACUUCGUUCAUUUCCCGCAAACAUACUUCGACACUAUAUCGACAAAUCUCUGAAUUCUUCGGUUGAAAAUCUCACUGUUUAUAGAUACCAUCUAGUAAGAGUCUUUGAGUAUUUCUUAAAUCUAACGACAAUGGCAUUGGGGAAGAAGAGAAUCGUUGCCCAGAAAUUGAAUCCGAAGCAUCGUCGUGAUGCCGAUGAUGGUGGAUUAGGGUUAGAGUUAGAGUUUGUUCAGUACAAGAGUGGAUUUGGGAGAAAGAGAAUUCUAAUCUCAACAGAUGAUGAGAUUGGAGAUUCGGUUUUCACUUCACCUGUCGGAAAAAUCACGACGAAGAAGCUCUGCGAUAAAACUUUAGUUGCAGUUGCUCAAAUUCGAGAACUUGAAGAUCUUCCGCAAGAUAUUCUGGUGAGGAUUAUCUGUGGGGUCGAGCAUGAAGACUUGAAACAAUUGUUUCAUGUUUCAAAGACAAUAAGAGAAGCUACAUUGAUCGCAAAGCAGUUACACUUCGCGUAUAGUACACCUCGGAAAACCUCUGUUUUCCACAAUCCGUUUGGUUUAUGCGAUGACAAUGAUGAUGAGAUUGAAGCCCCAGGAGCUCCAUUGCAGAAAAGAUCCCGCCUUUCGCGGAUAAACCGCAACAAGGACGAUUCUGGAGUCUCAAUGGCUCUGUUCAACUAAAUCAAACAACUUGGUUUGAGGCGAAUACCAUCAACUCUGUUUCUUCAAGCUACUUAAUUGAAGAAAAAGGGCUUUAAGUUUAUGUUAUUUAGUUUUGGUCUGAACAAGUCUCUGUAAAUUAAAGAAAAAGGGUUUUAAGUUUAUGCUAUUUAGUUUUGGUUUGGGCAGUCUCUGUAAAUUGAGGAAAAAGGGUUUUAGUUAUGGUUAGAUAAACAGAAAGAUAGGGUUUUGGAAAGGA